GCCACGGGGUGCCAGCGGCCAUAAGGGCGCAGCGCGCACACCAGGCGCCGGCGACCUCAGGCUUCCGCACCUCAUCCCCCUCAUCCCCCUCAUCCCCUCGUCCCCUCGUCCUCUAGUCCUUGCCCUGCACAGGCCCACGCUCCGCCGCACGUCUGCGCCCCCUGUGUCCAAGUCCUCUGGGCUGCUUCGGGGACAUCUCCUCCUCGCUCGCUGCAGCUCAGGAAGGAGCUGCUGGCCUCAGGCUGCUCGCCUCUCUCACCAUGCCCCGCAUUGAUGCCGACCUCAAGCUGGACUUCAAGGAUGUCCUGCUCCGACCUAAGCGAAGCAGCCUCAGGAGCCGAGCAGAGGUGGAUCUUGAGCGUACCUUCACGUUUCGGAACUCAAAGCAGACCUACUCAGGGAUUCCCAUCAUUGUGGCCAACAUGGACACCGUGGGGACGUUUGAGAUGGCAGCAGUGAUGGCACAGCAUUCCAUGUUUACAGCAAUUCAUAAGCAUUACACGCUGGAUGACUGGAAGCGCUUUGCCACUAAUCACCCAGAAUGCCUGCAGCACAUAGCCGUGAGUUCCGGCAGUGGGGAGAGUGAUCUGGAGAAGAUGAGCAGCAUCCUGGAAGCCGUGCCGCAGAUUAAGUUCAUUUGCCUGGAUGUGGCCAAUGGCUAUUCGGAGCAUUUUGUGGAAUUUGUGAAACUCGUCCGUGCCAAAUUUCCAGAACACACCAUUAUGGCAGGGAAUGUGGUGACAGGAGAGAUGGUGGAAGAGCUGAUUCUUUCCGGAGCAGAUAUAAUCAAAGUGGGAGUUGGACCAGGUUCCGUGUGCACCACCCGCACCAAGACGGGGGUCGGCUACCCCCAGCUGAGUGCCGUGAUCGAGUGUGCUGACUCUGCCCACGGCCUGAAGGGCCACAUCAUCUCUGACGGAGGCUGCACGUGUCCAGGAGAUGUCGCCAAAGCCUUUGGAGCCGGGGCUGAUUUUGUCAUGCUCGGAGGGAUGUUUUCAGGCCACACCGAGUGUGCUGGAGAGGUGAUCGAGAGGAAUGGGCAGAAGCUCAAGCUCUUCUACGGGAUGAGCUCCGAAACAGCAAUGAAGAAGCACGCGGGAGGCGUAGCCGAGUACAGAGCCUCUGAGGGCAAGACUGUGGAAGUGCCUUACAAAGGGGACGUAGAAAACACAAUUCUGGAUAUUCUCGGGGGACUGAGGUCUACCUGCACCUAUGUGGGGGCCGCCAAGCUCAAAGAGCUCAGCAGGAGGGCGACGUUCAUCCGGGUGACCCAACAGCACAACACGGUGUUCAGCUAACCUUGCGGAUGAGCUGCCAGUCCUGCCCACGGAAGCUCCCACACUCAACCACGCUCACACCGUCUUCCUGUUACAGCAGUGCUUCUGGCUGCUCCUGAAUGCUGGAAUGCUGCCUCCUCCUCCCGCUCCUGCUGCCUGGAGGCUCUGGGGCUCCCCUAGUGCCUUGGUGGGGGGCUGGGAAGCGGAGCACUGAUAGGGUCAGUGGUCAGAGCCCAGCUGCCCGGGACCCAUAACCUCAUUGUUAAAACUAACACUCUUACCUUUUUCUUUCUUUUUAAAAAAGGAAAUGAUUUCACUUUAAUAUAAUGCUGUUAAGACUUA